AUGUCGCAGAAAACCUUCGUUCCGCUCCCAGUCCCCUCUGUGCCUGCAGAUUGCAAGCCACCGCCGGAGUUGACAGCCACCGAGGACGAGCUAUAUACCAAAGUCCUAGCACACUUCUCCAAUCCCGAGUACGCGAUUCCAGGCUUGGAGAAAGGCCAGCUCAAGGAGGAGGAAAAGUUCUGGCUGUCCCGUGAAUGUAUCAUUCGGUUUCUUCGUGCGGUGAAGUGGGCAACUGCAGAGAAAGCGAUAGAACGUCUAGAGGAGACUCUGAAGUGGAGGAGGGAAUUUGGUCUCUACGACCUUGUCACCGCCGAUCUCGUCGAACCAGAGGCUGUGACUGGCAAAGAAAUACUGUUCGGUCAUGACACGAGUCGCAGACCCGCGUUCUAUAUGAUUCCAAGCCGUCAGAACACGACCGAGGCCGAACGACAGAUACAAUACGCGGUUUGGAUGCUGGAACGUACGUUUGACCUCAUGGGUCCUGGAGUAGAGUCAUUGGACUUGAUGAUCAACUUUGCUGAUAGAGCAAAGAAUCCAAGUCUAGGCACGGCACGCACCGUCCUCAGCAUCCUGCAGAACCACUAUCCCGAACGGCUCGGCCUCGCGAUCAUCAUCAAUAUCCCCUUCCUCGUCAACGCGUUCUUCAAGCUCAUCAGUCCAUUUAUCGACCCCGUAACACGCGCGAAGAUGAAGUUCAACUCGUCAGUCCUCGACGAGGGUAUAUUCACGCCUGACAUGCUAAUGAAGGAGUGGUGGGGAGGGGACGUCGACUUUGAGUAUGAGCACGAGAAAUAUUGGCCAGCACUCGUUUCGCAGUGCAAAGAGAAUGAGCAGAAGUGGAUGGCACGGUGGAAGUCAUUGGGCGGAGUGGUGGGCGUACGGGAAUGGGACUACAAAACGGGUAGCGACAGCCCUUCCUCCGCGUCUGCCACCGCUGAAAAAACAUUGGUCUCUACAACCGUUGCAGAAGUUCAGGAGCCAUCUCCGGUUGCUGUCGCAUAG